AUGGGUGCAAGUUCGGGCCCGGACAAGAAUGGAAGAACGCCGCUGCACCGGGCAGCACAAAAGGGCCGCGAAACAAUUGUGAACCUCCUCCUUAGGAAUGGCACAGACCUCUCAGUAUCUGACGGUAGUGAUUUGACGGCAUUACACCAAAGCGCACUUGAAGGACACGAAAAUGUAGUCGCCCUACUACUGGAGAAUGGUGCUUCUUUAUCGGCCACAGACAGAAUCGGAAGGACGCCAUUACACUGCGCCGUAGACAAAGGUCGCAAUGCAGCCGUCAAAGUAUUACUCAUGCAAGGUGCUAGAAUUUCAAGUACCGAUCAUGAUUUCCGGACACCACUGCAUUGCGCUGCAUCUAAUGGAAACGAAAAUAUUGUAAGAGCAUUGCUAUGGAGGAGAGCGGAUGUAUUGGCCACUAUGUUAAACGGAUGGACUCCGCUAGAAUACGUAAAGCAUGAACGCCAUGAGCGUGUUAUCUCUUUGCUCGAGGCUGCUGUUUCAGGACUUCAAGACCAUGUCGGGCAGCCAGAACCCCUCGCCGAAUGGCAGCUUUGGCAAGAUAUAGUCACAAAUACACGCUGCUCUACGCCCGCAUUACCCACCUCUACCAGAUCUUCUCUAGGCGCGAAUACCGAUGGGAGGACAUUACUACAUCUUGAAGCAUUUAAACCACACAACAGCUCGAAGGUUAUAAGACAACUGCUUGAAGAGGGUUUUGAUGUGGCCGCACUCGAUAAUCAGGGACAAACACCAUUGCAUUGUGCGGCAGCAGAAGGGCAUGAGAGAAUGGUUAAACUAUUGGUUGAAAAUGGUGCUAGUCUAUCGGCAAAUGAUAUACUUGGAAAGACCCCAUUACACUACGCAGCAAAAAGAGGGCAUGUGAGGUUGGCCAAACUCCUUCCCAGGAGAGACGCCAGUUUAUCACUCGAAAGCAAUAACGGAUGGACACCAUUGCACAGUGCAGCAUCUCAAGGACAACAGGAAAUGGUUUGUGUUUUAUUACAGAAAGGCGCUGAUCCCACGGUGUUUGACAAUAACGAGUUUGUGCCAAUGCAAAUCGCGGAGCAAGCUGGUCACAAUCUCGUCGUAAACAUACUUCGCAAUUCAACUAAGAACAAGCCAGAAGAACCCUUACCAAACUCUAUUUCUCCGAACUCUAAGAUUGAGCUAGACUCGAGCCAUAUUGACCGGACCGCAUUCAAGCUAGCCAUUUACGAUGGCAUUGUUGAGGAAGUUGGAAGAUUAAUAGGUAACGGGGUCAAUAUAUCAAUUCCAGACGAUUCUGGAUGGAUGCCAUUACACAGUGCAGCGGUCCGUGGUCAUGAGGGCGUAGUCCGGGAAUUAAUACGGAGGGGGAGCUGA